AUGAUAAAGAUUGGUGUAAUUUGUGGCCUUCUUUUCGUGGCUCUCCCAGUCGGCGCGGAAUGGCAUCUCUCUGGCCGAAUUGUGGUCCCAUUUUUGGACAAUUUCCUUGGAUAUGAGAAAGUUGUAAGUUUUUGGAUUUUUGGAAAAAGUUCCUUAUUUUGGCCACAACAAAGGUACUCCGCGAACUGCGCCCAAGCUUGGGCGCUAAAGUUAGGAAAAAACGCUUCGACCUAGCUGGCACUGAAUUACUAUAAUAGCUCUUUUGUUUUAAGGCAGUGACGACUCAUUUAGUUCCAUACGGAGGCAAUAAGUUUAGUUCCGGACAUGUUUCAUCGUAUAAAGUGUAAAAUCACAGGCUGCAGCCGUUUUUGAAGGGCAAGGUGGUACGUAAAAAAGAAGGUACCUCAGUAACUAAAUCCACUGUCCGGGCAUUGACAACGAUGAAUUGAGCGUGAACGCUAAAUUUGGGCUAAUUCCGACCAGUUUCCGCAAAGUUAUAAGUUGUGGCCAAAAUAAGGAACUUUUUCCGGAUUUUUUUUAUUUUUUUUUUUUUGCAUCCAUGACGUAUUUUACGCCCAAAGAAUUGCAUUGAUACCUUUCAGAGAGUCCAGUUGAUCUCCGGCGGUCUGUAUUACACAUUGUGUGCAGAAGAUAUCACUGACGAGAAUGGGUAUUUUGACAUCACUUGCUCGGUGGCCAACAUUUUCGGAAUCAAACAUUUGGCUGUGUAAGUUUGGAUGAACAGUGAUUAAACUUUAAUCAAAUGUUUAUUGAAUCUUCCAGCUUGGCCACACAUCAAUUUCUGAAAAUUUCAGCGCUGAUUUUGCAGAUUGACCCGAGGUUUAUGGGCGAAAAACAUGAUAGACUUAUAGCUUGCGGUUUUUGCAGAAAUGACUGUGAAAAUCAUGAAAAACGUCAUCAAAAAAUUUAACAAAUUUAUUUUCGUUUAUUUUCAGCCUCCAUCGCUUCGAGGGACACCAAUGCAAGCAGAACUUCUUCGAAGACAUUUCCCUUGGCGACGACAAAGUCUUCAAGUUGACCAAGGACACGGAAGACGGACUCGAUGAUGAUCAAUGUCCCAAGGAUGUGUAUUAUUAA